AUGCGUGCUGAUGUUUAUAAGGAAGCUCAUGGACUUCUGGGACUUGGGACAGCACCAAUGCGUUUUAGAAAAAGAAUGCUGCAUGAAACAAAAAUAAGGACCAAAUCAGGAUUAACUGAAAACAUGCUUUCUAACAAGCUACGCUUUGAUAGUAGGAUUAUAUCGAGAAAUGGUCGCGAUGCUUGUAGAGAGUUGAUUGGAUUUUUUUUUGCGUGUGACAGAUCCCUUACUGUGUAUGAAUUUCGACAAUUUGGAAAAAAUAGAACAAAUGCCUUGCCUUUCAUUCAGAAGGGAGUUUAUCAACAUCAACGUGGACAAAAGAAGGGAAAAGCUUAUGAUCUUAGUGACUUCUAUAUUGGAGCUAACCUAACUUUCCGAAGUGUUGAUCAUAACCUUCCAGAAAGUGUUAAGCAGAGCUCAGUUCUCACCCUUCGUGUGAUAAGUAUUGAUGAAGCAGCUAUGGAUUUUCUAAAGUAA